AUGAGGAUCCUAGUGGACGAAGGAAGCGCAGUUAACCUCCUUACCUUGCAAGUCUUUAGGGGGAUAAGGGGAUCGGUAACGGAUCUCAGACAGGUUUUCGUGCCGUUGGUUGGCUUAGGAGGAAAGCCUAUCAGACCAGAAGGGAUGGUAGAGCUGGAGAUAAUUCUGGGAGAAGCAGAAGAAGGGCCACUGAAGACCAUGACAGCAGUUUUCAAUGUAGUGAAUAUCCCUUUGGCAUACAACGCCAUUUUGGGAAGGCCUUUCCUGUACCAGUGUGGCGCGGUGACCAGCAUCAGAUGGCUGACACUUAAUAUUCCGGACGAAGAAGGGAUAGUAACCGUAAAAGGGAGCCAGUUAGCCGCACGAGAAUGCAACUUGAUCACUGAAGAAAAAGGCGAAAGUCUAAACAUUGAGACAUUCCCUGAGGACCCAGAAGAAGAAGAAGGAGAUAGGAAUGCCCAGUAG